CAUAAUUUCCGACUUCAGGAACUUCUUUAAAUACCGAUAGUAACACAGAAUGAUUACGAGUACACAUACGCACACGUACCAGUACGAGUACUGCAAUAAAAAAAACGGAUUCAAUAAUUACGGCUUCAGAUCCAAUCAAAGCCGUCCAUACCUUGGGAAUACUCUCGGCUCUGCGACUGAGACAGAGACCUCAUCUCUCUCUCUUUAUCUUUCUGAUGGGACGGUGAAAACGGAAUCCAAUCUGCCUUAUAGAACAAACAUGGGCAAAGGUCCAAACAAGAAACGCAACAAGACCACAAAGAGAGGAAAAGGGUGCUACCAAAGCACCGACGACGGGGAAGAGCAACCACCAUCCAUUGGCCGACGUUGCCAGAAAAGCAACAAACGCAGGGAUAACAACCAACAGCAGAAAAAUGGAAACUACAACAGGGGCGAUAAUGACUACGAUACCGACGAUUGUAAAAAGCUAAGGAAAACUCUGAACGCAGAUGGGCUAGAGAUUGUAGAGAUGAGUGCUGACGGGAAUUGUUUGUUUCGAUCGCUUUCGGAUCAAUUGUUUGGGGAUUACGGUAAAAUGCACUAUGAUGUACGAGCGGUGGUGUGCGACUUUAUGGAACAAAACAAGGCAGAUUUUCAGGUAUUCCUUGUUUUCGAGGACGAGGACGACGAAGAUCAAUGCGAAGAAGACGCCAGAGAUUUCGAUCAUUAUGUGGGAAACAUGCGCGAGCAAGGCCAAUGGGGUGGGAAUCUUGAAGUUGUAGCAGCGGCUCGACUCUAUCGGUAAGUGGCAAAUGAAAAAUGUUCUGAAAUGCUCCAAAGCCGAUUGCGUUGGUUGCUUUAGGAAAAAACUGGUUUUGAAACACAACAAACCGAUGAAUAUAAUGACUAAUAACUGAGCGAUUGUCUCGCAGACGCAGUAUCACGGUAUACUCCGAAACGAUGGCUGCAUUCACAAUAGACCACGGAGAGUCGAAAUCAAUGGGGCCAGAUUUGCUUGUCAGCUACCACGACAACGAUCACUACAAUUCCGUUCGAAACAAAUUGCAUCCACCGAAACUUGUACGAAAUGGAAUGCUACCAAUGAAUGACAUAUUGUCAAAUAAAAUACACACGAAAAACACAAACAUCUAUGAAACUACUCAUCAGGGGUCGCACGAGAUUGAAUGCAUUACUACUUCGUUCUCUGCGUUGCCACUCUCUGAUAAACGAGAGGAGGAAACGGAGAAGAACACAAUAAAAAACGUGAAGAGAAAUGCACCAUGCCCAUGUGGAAGUGGUUUAAGGUAUAAAAAGUGCUGUCUGGCAAGGCAAAAACACGCAACUCGAGUGGAAAGGCUUAGAGUCAAGAGGCAGGACGAAGAGGAAUCUUUGCCUGCUGAAACAGAAGAAGAAAGAUCUCACGGGAUGUUUCGGGUGGUUGCUAUAUAGCGGUUUCUCUGUUCGAGUUAAUGAGAUCUCAAUUCUUCUUUGCAGGGAGUCAUUGAUUUGAGAUCGAGAUAAACAUGGAAACAUUUUUUGAAAUAUGAAAUAUCUUGUAACAAUACUGUCGAGUAUCUAUCUUAGACUUCUAGAAACAUCUGGCAUCAAAGUGGAAAGAUUGCUGGAAGAGCACCUUACCAUAGUAUAAAUCCAGUGAAAAAAUGGCAGUUCUGGUUGUCUUGGAUCAUGAAAGUAAAACGUUACGGCGCAUUUAUUCGUAAACAAUUGAUCGCAUAUAUUCAAAGAAUAGUUUUUCAUUAUCGGCACGAAGUGAUGCAUUCAAUAUUCCUCCGGUAUGAAUCCUCACGAUGCAAUACUUUUUCUAUUGCCAUACAGCGUUUGAGUUACGGAUGUUGUUGCUUUGUUGUUGAAGUUCGUCUCUGGUCGUCAGUGUAACAGAUACAACUCUCAUUUUGCUUGGGUCGCAUUCCUUCAUUACAGUAAGAUCAAUGACAUCUCUCUCGCGUUUUUCUUCAAUAGCCGCUAUCAAAUCCUCUGAUUGACGAACCGGUUCGCCGUUCACGGCAACGAUGAGAUCACCCAAAACCAACGACCCGAAACGACUCUGUGACGUUGCUUCCAACCCUACGACAGAAGCCGGACUGUUGGGUAUGACCUGCGCCACCAAACAUCCAUCUAGGGGUCUACCCAAUUGAUUUUCAAUGUAUCUUACGAUUCUGUCAUCGACAACAUUUAUCCCAAUGGUAGGUCUAACAACUUUACCGUAUUGAAUGAUUUGAUUCACAACUCUUCGGACUGUAUCGACGGGAAUUGCGAAUCCGAUGCCAAUAUUUCCACCUGAUGGGGAGUAUAUCAUCGUGUUGACACCGAUUAAUCGACCUCUACCAUCCAAUAGAGGACCACCGCUGUUGCCAGGGUUGAUUGCAGCGUCUGUUUGGAUGCAACCAUGAAUGGGCCGUCCACCAAUACCCUUUACAUCACGACCUAACGCAGAAACGAUACCCGUUGUUAGGGUAUCGUCCAAUCCAAACGGAUUACCGAUUGCCAACACACUUUGUCCGACCUGCAAGUCAUUCGAUGUGCCUAUAUCAAUGGGUCUUGGAAGCUUUAUUCCUUUGUUACCUUUGUGCACAAUACGAAGCACAGCUAUAUCCUUUUCUGGUUCAAAACCAACAAUUUUUGCCUCCAGAGCUUCUGCCAUGUUGGCCAAUUUUACCAUGACUGUUUUGCCUUUCAUCAACCUAUCAUUGUUGUUGGUGCCGGGCGGUGAAAUCACGUGAUAAUUUGUGACUACGUGGCCCUUAUCAUCCCAAAGAAACCCACUACCUGAUCCCAGUGGUACUUCCGCAUCUGCACCUAAGUUCAAUCCGAACACUGAGUUACGCUGUGGAAUGACUGCAGAUGUUUUGAUGUUUGCAACUGCAGGAGACACCCGUUUGAAAGUGUGUACAAGGGUUCGUUCAUGAUCUGAUAAACCGUGAUUACUACCACUGCUGUUGAGAUGGUCAGAUAAUCCUCUACUCUGUCCUGAAGAAGGUGGCGAGGUUUGAAGGCGAUCAACAAGAUCUUGUUUUUCAAAACAAUCUCGAAAAUCGAUUCCCCGAUCAGUCAACAAACGCUUGAGCUCCGUUACGGAUAAGGAAUACAGGGCACUCUUCGAUGAGGAAGAAGGUGAUCCCGAGAUGCCUUCGUCGUAAACGUAGUUAAUGUCAUUAUCGUAGUCCUCACUAUAUUCGUUGAAACUUUGGUGGUAGUUGAGAGUACUAGUUUCCGAAUGCUUCUUUUCCGACGUGGGGAUAACAGCAGCUGAUCCCAGCGAAAGUGACGGGAGAUGACGACUGAGAACGAACGGAUAAACCGGACUCGAGAAG